AUGGAGAGAAAAAAGACUAAAGGACGUCAAAAGAUACCAAUGAAAAAAAUUGAAAAUAAGGAUUCCAUGUUUGCUACAUUUACAAAGCGUCGUGAGGGUUUGUACAAAAAAUCUAGCAAACUCGCUACAGAAUGCAAUGCUGACAUUGGAAUAAUGAUGAUUUCCCCUACUGGUAAGCCUCAUUCAUUUUUUCACCCUACAGUUGAUGCAGUUAUUUCUCGUUUUCAGAAUCCUGAUAUGCAGUUAGGUGAAAGUACAAAUCUAGAAGCGAAUGUUGCUAGAAAUGAAGUGAAUCAACUCAAAACUAGGCUUGAAGAACUUGAUGUCAUAGAAGACAUUGCGAUUGCUAAGAAAAAUUCUUAUGAACAAAUGGAAGAAACAAGACAAAAAGGUUGGUGGGAGUCGACUGAGCAGCUCAAUCCAGAUGAAGUGUUCAUAUUUGAAACUUGGUUAAAUGAAACUAGUUCUAAUUUACACCAUCGUUUGAAUCAAUUAGAAAUUGAAGCUUCAUCCUCAAUGAGAUAUGAAUCUUUUGGAGUGUGAAAUUUGAAAAGUUCAAAUUGCAAAUGAUUCACCCUAAAUUAUCACUUAUUGAUAUAUUAGGGAAGACUCUAGUAAGUCUAAAUCUAUAUUAAUAA